GAAGUCUGGCUUGAAGAGAGGAAGGGGAUGGAUGAGCCAAAUCCUGCAAGUCUGCAGCUGGAACAAGGAACACCCAUAACUGAGGGGCCAACAUGGAAAGAAGGCAACGAGCUUCUAGUUCAAAGGAUGCAGCAGCGCUGGGAAACCCAAUGGCAGGAGUUCCUGAAGACCCUCCAGUCACCUUCCUCGGCAUGGGGAAGCCUUCCAGCAGCAGAGGAAAUACCGUGGGAUGAAACCAAGGCCUUCCUGGCCUCCUUCGAGCAAGUGGCCAAAGCCUGUCAGUGGCCAAAGGAAGAGUGGGCGGCCCGGCUGUUGCCCGCAUUGAGCGGAGAAGCAGAGCAGGCCUAUCGGAGCCUGGAAGCCGGGGACACAGAGGACUAUGAGAAAGUGAGGGCGGCCAUCUUGAGAGCGGAGGCCCUGAGAACAGAGCUGCAUCGCCAGCAUUUUCGGCAGUUCUUCUGCCAAGAGGUGGAGGAUCCACGAAGGGUUUACAGCCAAGUCCAGGAGCUUUGCAGUCGGUGGCUGAAACCGGAGAGAUGCAGCAAGGAGCAGAUCCUGGAGCUACUGGUCCUGGAGCAAUUCCUGGCCAGUCUUCCCGAAGACCUGCAAGGAUGGGUCCGAGGCGCAGGGCCGGAGACCUGUUCCCAGGCUGUGACCCUGGCAGAGGACUUCCUCCUCAAGAGGCAGCAAGAGGUUGAUUCCGCCAAGUGGCAGGGACCAUCGCAGGAUGUGUAUGUUGAUUCCUUGGAGUCAGAAGGGAAGUCGGCAGAUGUUGCUCAGGGACAGAUUUAUGAAGAAGCCCAGCCGGUGAAAUAUGCCGCGAUCCCUUUGCUAGGUGGUGGAAUCAAAGGCCCAAGUCCUUCCGUUUCUGUGUUUCCUCCUGAAGGACAAGUUAAGACAGAAGCUGGGCUGGAUGAGGGUCUGCUGGACUGCAAAGACACAGGCGUCUCUUUGCACAGGGUUGAGCGGACGCUGUCCCAGCCGGGCCAACAGACCAUCUUCUGGCAAGUCCUGCAGGAGGAGGGCGGAAACGCCCAGCUGUUUGGUGAGGGGAAGCCAACUUCUCUCAAGGUGGAGGCGUCUCAGCAUGGAGGGGGUGAACUGGAGGAGAGGCCCGAGGCAGUGCCACUCGUAAACCAAGGAGAUGGAUUGUUGACGGAGGAGACAUGUGGACAAAGAAGUGAUGAAAUGGAGUGUUGGAAUGAGAUGAAGAUACCAAUGGAGUCAUUGCCAGCAGAAGUGUCUCAGAGGGGUUUCCCUAUGGCAUCCAACAUUCAGAAGAGGAGACACCAGCUUAGAGGUCAGGAGUCGAAGAAUUUAGUGGAGAUGGAGAGGAAACACACCAAAGGCCUUAUAGAUGACGACAACAAGGCCUCCACAGACAUGGAGAAGUCCUUGUUCUCCAAGUAUGGAAGAAAAAACCACAAUGUGCCAGAUGAGUUUGCUGAUCUGAACUCAAGAAAGAAAGAUGCUGAAGAUGGAGAAGGAAGCAAGAACCACGGACAGACUUUGCAGAGAUCUCAACAUUUUCCUACAGGAAGGAAACUGCAUAAAUGUGCUACUAGUGAGAAUGACUUCAAAUCUAGAGCACACCUGGCAAUCCACCAGCAAAGUUACACUGGACAAAAGCCAUAUCAAUGUUCUCAGUGCGAGAAAUGCUUCAGCCAGAAAGAGAAGCUGGUGAGGCACCAGAUAAGCCAUACUGGGGUGAAACCCUAUAAAUGCGCUCAGUGUGGCAAGUGCUUCACCCAGAGAGUCAGCUUGAUGAGGCACCAAAGGAUUCAUACUGGAGAGAAACCCCAUAAAUGCUCUCAGUGUGGCAAGUGUUUCACUCGGAGUUCUAGCUUGAAGGUCCAUCAAAGAAUUCAUACUGGAGAGAAACCCUAUCAAUGCUCUCAGUGUGGCAAGAGUUUUGCUGACAAAAGGACCUCGAAGAAGCAUCAAAGAAUUCAUACAGGAGAGAAACCCUAUAAAUGCUCUCAGUGUGGCAAGAGUUUUGCUGACAGACAGAACUUGAAGACGCAUCAAAGAAUUCAUACAGGUGAGAAACCCUAUAAAUGCUGGCAGUGUGACAAGUGUUUUACUCGAAGUACUAGCUUGAGGGACCAUCAAAGAAUUCAUACUGGAGAGAAACCCUAUAAAUGCUGUCAGUGUGGCAAGAGUUUUACUGAAAGAAAGACCCUGAAGAUUCAUCAAAUCAUUCAUGCCGGAGAGAAACUCUAGAAAUUAUUGUACUGCACCUGAAACACCACACCAGCUUGGUAAAAUCAGCAACCAGUUUAUUGUAGAAUAUAUGUUGGAAAGCAGUAAAAAAUAGUAAAACAGUAAAAAUCCAAAAUCCAAGAAAAUCCAGGAACUUAGAAGUAAACCAGGUCAAUUAGUACAUAGAAAUCUAUGAAGCCACAAACUUGAAACCAUGAAACAAAACAGCAGGAACUCUCAGUCAAAAAAUUAAACUUGGCAACAACUAGAUACAUAAAACAUAGAGCACUCGAAAACAAAACCAGCAUGAAUUAACAACAUUGACUCGGCUAAGGCAUUAGUCUCCCAUAAAUCAUUAUAAACACUUUCCAAAGGCCGAAACCACCAGGAAAGCAUUCUUUCUCAUUCUCCCACUAAAUAAGGGUUUAUUCUCUUUCAUUUGCUGUAAAUGAGCAGAGUGCCUGAGAUUCUGAAAGUUUUGCCUCUGUUUACUAAACUUUGCUUUCUGUCCAAGGUUUCACUAUCUUCUCCUUCUGCACCUGACACAAGAAUCUCAGCAUCAUUUUCAGGCUGCUGCUCUGAGAAAAGCGGUGAAAGGUCUUUCCCAGAAAUGUGUCCUUGCUUGGACCUCUCUUCUGAACUUAACUCCGGCCUGGGCAAACCCUCACCAUCAGUAACAUUAUCCCCAUUCCCAAUCUACAUAAUCAACAUGAACAUCAUUCCCAACAUGAACAUCAUCAUGAGUAUCAUUCCCAUCAUGAGCAUCAGACGCAAUCACAGGCUGGUGAACAAGUUGACAUACAACAUAAAUGCUCUCAGUGUGGCAAAUGUUUCAUUCAGAGAUCU